AUGAUCCGCCCAUACUGUUCCGUCACCGACUGGCCGCCAACAGCAAAGACAGACUGCAAAGGCUGGACUGUCGGUAUCGUGAACGUGCUCGCGGUAUUGACUAUCGACCCGAACGAGCCAAGCGAUACUGGCGUCCCGGAAACCGUCACCGCUGGCCCAUUGUUGGAGGUUGUGGUGCCUGCAAUGGCUACGCCUGCAGGUCCAGCGGCAAUGACCUGGCCAGCGACGGUGUAA